AAUUUCCAUAAUCGUUGUUUAGUCAGUUUGCAAGCGAAAUCAAGAAUUACGAUCUUUGAUAGUCCAGAGUGGACACGUCUGCACGUUGAUGUUGGGAGGGAUGGACCCUUUAGUGAUCUUUCUGUUGUUUCAAAAACCUGCUUCCUUUUCUGUGGAGUAGGUUACAAGUCUUUUAACGCCAAUUACUGUCUAUGGAUCAUGAACCGACUCAAAUCACAAAAGUAAGAACUAAAUCGAGACAUCUAGCAGCAAGCAUAAUUGUUCCUAUUACCAGCGUCUGUCUACGGUCUGUCUUAUUAGACAUUCUCUGCUUUUACCAAAAAGUAGCCAACUCCUCCAUAUGUCACGUGAUCUUUUGUAGGCUAUCGCGGGCGGGCUCUGCUAUCGCAUAUCAACGCCUAGUUGGAGCCAGCAGGCAGAUUGCCACAGCAAAGGAACUGCUGAAAGAGAGUACUUGGCCUCGGUUGAAUAAGUUGAUACUGACAUUUCGAAACAGCACCCAAUUCUUUACAACUUCAUUUAUGGGAGGCACAGGUUGUUGGACUGCAAAAUAAUUGAUGGCUGUGAGAGGAGUCCUUAGAUGAAGGUUGAAUCAGACUAAGCCCAACUCGACGUCUAGGAGUGCCAUAACUGGCAUGAAGAACGGACACACUGGAUUUCCAACCACACAGACAAUGGAGACUGCAGAUCAACAAACUGACCUGGCUACACCACAACAUCUUGAAGCAGAGAUUAAGAAUGACUGUAAAAGAUCUAAUUCUUGGACACCAGAAGAUGUGGUUUCAACUCUCUCAGUCAAAUCAGAGCCAGACUUCAGUCCUUACGUUUGUACUCAGAAAUUGUUCUUGGAGAGGGAUAGUUGUAGUCCAGAUCAUCUUUACACUGAACAUGAACUCUUUGACCUCAAAUCUGAGGUUAAGUCAGAAGUGGACUCCGAUGAGCAAAUGUCUUUGGAACUUGCAGAAAGGAUUGUGAAUCCAUUUCAGGACUGUAUGACAUCUAAGGUUGAAGUUGAUGAGACUGAUGAAGUGUGUGACUAUAACGCUGACCAUUCAGUGGCCUUAUUAAAUGUCUGCCAGGAGGGGAGUGUCCAGGAGGCACAGGGAGGUAACCAUGACACUGAAGUGUUGACGCUGACGGAAUCUGAGGAGUCAAUUCAGGAAGGCCGUGUUUGCCACGUUGUGAGGUACAAGCGCAAGGCUAAACCUGGAGCGAGAGAAGCUGAUAAACCAAAGACACAAUCUGAAAGUUUAAGGGAACACCUUUGCUUACUGUGUGGGAAAAGCUACAGCAGUGCUGAUACUUUGAAGGCCCACAUGAAGAUACACAAUAGUGAGAAAUCCUUCAUCUGCCCCACCUGUGGGAAAGCAUUUAAAAAGAGUGAUUACAUGAGAAAACACAUUCGUGUGCACACAGGAGAAAAGCCAUAUGUAUGCCAUCUGUGCGGAAAGGCCUUCCCGCGGUCAGACUCCCUCGCCGAUCACAUGCGGAUCCACAAUGGCAAAAAGAAAGAGAAAAGAAAGAGAAUGCACUCGUGUGAGGUGUGUGGAAAAAGCUUCACUAAACCAUGCAUGCUUUUGUGGCACCAGCAAAGGCACACAGAGCAUAGGCCCUUUAUCUGUAAGCAAUGCCACAAGGGAUUCAAAGUGCUGACUGACCUACGGGAUCACCAGACCAGGAGUCAUACAGACGUGAAGCCACAUGUGUGCAAGAAUUGUGGACACUGCUUCAGCAGAAAGUACUGCCUAGAGAAACAUCAGCGCAUCCACACAAGACAGAAACCUUACAGCUGCCCGCACUGUCCAAAAGCAUACAGCUACAGACAAUCGCUGGUACACCACUUGAAAUGUCAUGCUAAUUAAGUAUUUUUUCCAUCAGUCACAAUGCAGGGGAGGGGGCCUCUCAGUUGACCAUUGCUUUACACAUGAUUGUUGCAACAGUUCAGCCUUGACAGAUCUUAACAUGUGUAAGGAGCGGAUGGUAGAUUGUAAGUCUAGAAACACUUCAGGUCUGGCUUUCUUCAGACAAGAAACAUUACGAUAACACUACAUAAAAUCAGUAACAACUCAUCUAGGGUAAAAGUAGCGCACCCUCAAUAUUGUACAAUUUAAAAAGAAUUUAAUUUUCCCCAUUUCCUUUGUGUUUUACGGAUAUCAAUGUACAAUCUGUAGCUAUAAGUAUAUAUACUCUUUUGAUCCCAUGAGGGAAAUUUGGUCUCUACAUUUAUCCCAAUCUGUGAAUUAGUGAAACACACUCAGCACACAGUGAG